CAAACAGCAAGAGGUAAAUGACGAAACCAAAGUUCCUUGCUUGAGGGCUUGAUCGCGCCUCAUUUUCACUGCGUCACACGGCUCACACCUCCCAAUAUUCUUAUCUAACACCACCGCCACCAUCUUUAUCCCCAAAACCCCAAUCGCGACAAUAAUUGACUGUCGUUUUCCACAAUCUGUUACAGAGACCCAUAUUUCCAUGUCUAUUCACCUCUUCGGCGCUUGAAAGUUUCAAAUUUCAAAGAUUUGCGAACUGGGUUCGUUUAGAAUGGUCCGUUGCGUGUAAUCUGAGGUGGGUUUCGCGAGGUGUUGCUGAUAUUCGGAGAAUUUCGUGUGCAAAAUUGAUUUCAGAGAUUCUAAUCGUACGUUUCCAGUUGCAGAGUUUAUGAGCAUCAGUAGCUAAACAUGGUACUUGGUGUUUAUUUGCAAAACUAAUUGUUGGAUUUGAAUUGGUAGGUAUUUGUGGUUUUGAAUUAGAGGGGGAAUUAGAGGGGUUUGUUGAGUAUUGUGUAAGGGUUUUCAUGGAAAUUUGAUCAAGGUUUUUAUGGAUGAGUAGAUAGGUUGUUUCUUUUAGAUUUGUUCUUUGAAGAAGGGUAAAGUGGAGAUGGCUAUGGUGAGCAAAACCAGAAAUAUGCUAGAGGGUCUGGUAAGAGAAGGAUCAUUCAAAUGGUUGAUUAAAAACCGGACUUCUUUCGCUGAAGAGUUUGAGGAGAUGGGGAGUUCUCCGUCAGCUGGAACGAAUUGGAUUCCAGAACUUUCUCCGGUGGCGAAUAUUGUAGUUCGUAGAUGUUCAAAAAUCCUUGGCAUUUCUUCAAGUGAACUUCGUGAAAACUUUGUUGCAGAGGCUUCUGAUUCUAUAAAGCAUACAUCACGGUUUGCAAGAAAUAUUUUGGAAUACUGUUGUUUCAGGGCUCUUGCUCUGUCUACGCAAGUGAUAGGUUAUCUGGAAGACAAAACAUUCCGACGUCUAACAUUUGACAUGAUGAUUGCAUGGGAGUUUCCAGCUGCUUCUAGCCAGCCAUUUGUCAAUGUGGAUGAGGAUGUAACAGUUGGGAUAGAGGCCUUUUCUCGAAUUGCUCCAGCCGUUCCCAUAAUUGCCAAUGUGAUUAUAAGUGAUAAUCUUUUUGAGGUGCUUGCAUCAUCAACUGGUGGUCGUCUUCAGUUUUAUGUCUAUGAGAAGUACCUCAGUGGAUUAGAAAGGGCUAUAAGGAAAUUGAAGACCCAGUCCGAGUCAUCUCUCCUUUCCACUUUUCGGUCGGCAAAAGGAGAAAAGAUCUUGGAAGUGGACGGGACAGUCACUAGCCAGCCAGUUCUUGAACACAUGGGAAUUUCUACAUGGCCUGGUCGAUUAAUUCUUACAGAUUAUGCACUUUACUUUGAAGCUCUUCGGGUCGUGUCUUAUGAUAAGGCCAAAAGAUAUGACUUGUCUGAAGAUUUAAAGCAGGUUGUCAAACCUGAGUUGACAGGACCGUGGGGAACUAGACUAUUUGACAAGGCAGUCUUCUACAAAUCAGUUUCCUUAUCAGAACCAAUCGUAAUGGAGUUUCCGGAGCUCAAAGGGCAUACUCGCCGUGACUUUUGGCUAGCCAUUAUCCGAGAAAUAUUAUAUGUCCAUAGAUUUAUGCAUAAGUUCCAAAUUACAGGAGUUGAACACGAUGAAGCGCUUCUAAAGGCUACACUUGGAAUUCUGCGAGUACAAGCCCUUAGAGAAAUAAGUUCUGCAAGCCCUCUUUGCUACGAGUCUCUUCUUAUGUUCAAUCUAUGUGAUCAACGUCCAGGUGGGGAUUUAGUACUAGAAGCACUUGCAAACAUGUCAUCCUCGAGGGAAUUAGACCGGACUAACAAUUCCAAUGUUGGAGGAGGAAUGUAUUCAAUAUCAGCUCUGGCCAUGGCUACUAACUUAGGGUCUGUGUUUGGAACAAGUUCUAAUGCCAACGAGGCUGGACUUUGUGUCGGUGAGAUCACUGUUGGAGAGAUGACUCCAUUGGAAAGAGCAGUUAAGGAAUCUAGAACCAACUAUAAAAAAGUGGUGCUUGCACAAGCAUCAGUUGAUGGGGUUAAAGUAGAUGGCAUUGACACCAAUUUGGCAGUGAUGAAGGAGUUAUUCUAUCCUGUUACAGAAGUAGGGAAGUGGCUUCUUUCUAUGGCAUAUUGGGAAGACUCUCUUAAGUCUUUUGUGUUCUGUUUGGUUUUCACUUACGUCAUUUUCAGGGGCUGGCUGUGCUAUGCUUUUGCAUUGAUGUUGAUAUUUAUGGCGGUCUUUAUGGUACUUACACGGUAUUGUAGCGAAGGAAGUGUUGAUGAGCUAAAGGUAGAAGCACCUCCUGCAAUGAACAAAGUGGAGCAACUUUUGGCUGUUCAGAAUGCAAUAUCUCAAGCUGAAGAGUUCAUCCAGGAUGGAAACAUUGUUCUUCUGAAGUUCCGUGCCUUACUGUUGUCCAUUUUCCCUCAGGCAAGUGAGAAAUUCGCAGUUGCUCUUUUGGCUGUGUCUUUGUUUGUUGCCUUUGUACCUAGUAAAUACAUAAUCCUUCUCAGUUUUUUGGAGGCAUUUACGAGGUACUCGCCUCUGAGGAAACCAAGCACAGAGCGUUUGACGAGGAGAAUGAGAGAAUGGUGGUUCAGCAUACCGGCAGCUCCUGUUCUCCUUGAAAGAGCGAAAGAGGACAAGAAGACAAGGUGAUGUAAAUAUUUUUUUUUAACAUUCAUACAGUCGAUGUAAAGUUGUGUUCUAUAUACCCUCUAGACAUUUUCACAAGUGCAAAUCGAUAUGGUGAAAAGCAACAAAGUCUCAAAAAAAAGAAAUGGCUUUCAUAUACCUGCAAUGUGAUUCUUUUUUUGUUGCUCGCUCUUUUCUGUUAGUAAGCGUGUUAAAUUGAGAAGAAAAUUUGGGUAUUCAUUUUGUA